UUAUGUUAUGAUUAUGUAAAUUUCCAGAAUUCAUGAUUAUGGAUUUUCAACUGUGUGAACUAUGCAGCUGUUAGUUUCUACUUUUUGAAAUUAAAGCUUUAUUUUAUAUUUAUAUAUAAAUGCUUAUAAUUUGUUUGAUCAAGUUGUACUUAGUGAGAUAAUAACCUUUGUUUGUAUUGUUAACCAUCCUUUAUGUUUUUUUUUAAAUGAUGCUAAACAUCACAAAUUACAGUGCUACAGCUCAAAGCAUUCAGAUACUGAUUGUUGGCCGCUUGCUAGCUGGUAUAGGAAUCGGUGUUACAUCUGCAGUUGUACCAUUAUACAUAUCUGAGAUUUCUCCAACUGAAAUUCACGGUGGUGCGUUCCUCGUCGCCAAGUCGCUAGUCCCUACCACGGCGCUCUUCUCCAUAGCAGAGAGCCCCAUCGUCCAAGAAGCCCUUGCCGUCACCAAGCACCUCUCCGUCACCAAGAAUACUGCUGUCACCAAGCACCUCCUUCAUCGCUGUCACCAAACAGCCCUCUCCGUCGCCAAGAAAGACUUUUGGAUAACCAUUGAUGCAAAAUUCAUUUCCAGGCAUCUUACUUCCAACCAUUUUUCUGGGAAUCUACCUGCUAUAUUUGCAAAGCUCACUAAAUUGAAUCAUGUAUUAGAGCAGCUGGUAAAGCUAAUGCUGUUGGUGUCAAGAAAUCCCGACCACGUGAUAGAAUUGGUAGGGGAAUUCCAGUUCCAGAGGCUAAUGCUGAAUUGCAAGCUAAUAUUGAUGGUGGUGCAAGGAAGUGGUAUGAAUUUUUUUAUUCAGAAAUUGAAGCUACUCAUAAUUCUUGCUUCUUUUUUAUUUGAUGAAGUGCAUGCAUCAACAUACUUCUCAGUUCAGUCUUUUGAUUAUAAUAUAGGGGGUUAAAAUAUUUUAAGUUGACUUUUUGAAGCCAUUUCUUUUCUCUCUUGAAUAAUACUUGCUUUGGGCAUAACUUCUUUUUUAGAAACCUUAGUUUUAACAAAUUAAGUGGAAUCAUUCCAAGCUCAAGCUCCUUCAGUCGCCUAUUGAACAUGAACAUACUGUAAGAAAUAUUUUCUAACUUUUUUACUUUUCAGUUACAUGAAAUGAGGAUUGAGAGAAACCAUUUCUUGCCUUCAUUAUUAGAAAAUUGGAAAUUGAAUUCCAUUAACACUGAUAGAGAACCAAUGGCAAGAUUAAAAUCCAAAUAGACUUGGUUUCCUUCUCAUUUAGACAUGCUGUUUAUGAUAAAUUGAGUUGCAGCUUGAAGCUUUGGUAUGUACUUAUUUAUGAUUUCUUUUCUUAUACCUUAUUUUUUCCUUUUCUCUGUUGGGCUGAUUCAGACAAAAAGUGAUUAGCUUGUCCUGGCUUCUUGAGAACAAAGAGAACCAGUUAACAAUGUUGGAAAUAAAGUUGUUUUGGGAUCACAUCAGUUUUCAGGUGUAAAUAACACCAAUACGAUGUAUGCAGAUGAAUUCGACUCUUCUGUGACAAUGCUAAAUAUUGUAUGCUCUUUUGCUCCCUGUGUUAUUUUGAUUUAUUUCUCUCACUUGACACUUGUUUUGUUGAUAGACAUACACUUAUAAUUUAAUAUUUUUGUUGAUGUGAUUUUAACUCUGCCUAUGUUACACUUGUAGUACAUAGCCGGUCCCAAGCCCGGAUAAAGGAGGAGGGUUGUGUUAGGUCUUCGGCAACCAACAUAAAAUUAUAGCCGAACCCCCAUGACAUGAAUCAAAUACAUUAUUGC